ACAGUCAUCAUGGGUUCUCGUGUAUGGAUGUAUCUGGGGGUUGCCUGUAUGUUGGCUAUAAUGGUGAGUGCCAUGCCUCAACGCCCUGAUGGCCCUCCUUCAGGGCCCCCACCUAGUGGUUGCCCUCAAGGACCUCCGCCUUCAGGUCCACCACCAUCAGGCUCUCGUCCACCAGGACCUCCCCCAGGCUGUGCAAACUCCACCACUUCAAGUUCCACUAAAUCGUCAUCCUCCGGCUAGGUACAGUUCCACGCAUCAUUCGUCGUUUGAAAAUAUAAGUAGAAUGAUAAUAAAGUGAUAUUUUAUCAAAAUCUUCCAGGUAUUGAGCCAUUUUCCUAAUGCAACUCCACCAACUUGUUAUUUUAAACAACCUACAUAGCAGCCUAACUUUGACCUACCAUACUAAGUCCAAUUUUUAACAUGAA